GUCGCUGUGCUGGCUACGAGCUACAGUACGUACGGCAGACUAUCAUUGAGAAGACGUGACCUGGACCGAGUGCUUGUUUGCUCCGGAUUUCGCUCACUGCGGCAUCGCGCUAAUAUUGCACCCACUAAUUCGGCGACCUCCGUCUGUAUCCCCACCGAUCUACUCAACAUGAAUAUUCUGAACCUCAAUACGGACGUCCUCCAUGUUCUCAUGUCAUAUCUUCCAAUCCGCGUUGCUUGGAGAUUCUACAUGACGUGCCACACAGCACGGAAAAUUGCACUGCAGAGAUGUUUAUCCAAGGUCGAGCUGAGGAAAGGCCGGGACACUCGGCGGUUCUGCGACUUCGUGCUAGCGGACGCUUCGAGCCGGAUACCUCACUUCAGGAGCCUCAUACUUGGGACUUUCGCAUUCAACUUCAACUCGGACUCAGGCAUCGCCGACGAUCAGGAUGAUUAUGAUGAUUUUUACCUCUAUUCCCCCGAAUGCCGAGAUUCAUACUUAGAUGAUACUGUGGUGGCCUCUUUCACCCGAGUCAUGCGACUCGCUCAGUUAAAGGCGAUCAAAGUCCGAUCGUAUGGCCCCGAAGUUGGAAGAUUGUGGUUCCCUUCCAUUCCACGUCUUGCGGAUGCUAUUAUAGCGCAACAAUGUCUUGACGUCAUCGAAAUUGAAGACCCGGAUACCAGAGUAUUCGACACGUUAUCACAGAUGAAAAGCCGCUUCCGAAGCAUUCAUUUAAAAUUUUCAUCACCGUCCGAUGGUGAAGAUGCUCGUCGAGGUCCCCUUGAAGUCAACUGCGGGUUCCUACUUCCAUUCGUCGACUCGCUGACUGUUCUUCGUCUGUGCGAAAUGUUUAAUCCUUCCCCUACUCUCAAGAUGGAAGGUGAAUGGCCCGCAUUGCAAGAGCUGACCCUUGAGUGUAUGUCGGUCAGCCUCAAGGCUAUAGCAACUGCAUGUCCCAACCUGCGCAGUCUCUGCCUCAUAAAAUGCCAGAUCACCGAUCCACCACUUCCCCGUCUCCCCCUGCUAGAUCGUGUAUCUUUCUCGAAAGUGGUGUCCACGUCGGGAUCUGUUCGCAGAGUCCACAUCAUGAAUUGUGAAGUACCGGGACCGCACGACAUGGAAGCCCUGGAGACGAUGGAUCCAGUCGUGUUGAGUUGCUGUUUCGAUGCAGAGAGCUUGUCCCUGGUAGCUGCAAAGUGCAGGAGCUUGAAGUUCCUAGAGAUCUCCCUGCCAUUUAACCUCAGAAAGGAUAUGGAGUCUUGGACUCCAAUCGGCAUUUCACGACUCAAAGAUCUACCGCUGCGCGCUCUUGUUCACAAAGUUAGCGUCGAUGACUUCGGCCCUCUGUCCGCUGAUUUUGCAGUCAAGAUCGCAAUGAGUAUACCAACGCUGGAGUAUGUGGGCCAUGAAGAGCUGCUGCCGUUCAUUUGCAACAUGAAUUGUGAUAGUCACCCGUGGUUCCGGGUCGUUUCUCGUCCGGAGGGCGCCCCCCCUGUGUUGGAAAAGCUCGACGACGCCGAGAUUGAUGUCGUACGGAACAUGCUUCCCAAUAUCCCUCGCAUGUAAGAAGUCGACGUGCCUGACUUUCUUUGUUGCUGUGAGUUUCGUUUGCAUAGUAUGCAUCAACGGCUAUAAUGAACAUCGCAGGAUGUUGCGGGUUGCUUGUAGGCCGCAUUAGCUGUUAGCGUUUCCUGGUUUCUCUCCUAUGUGCGACUAUUUGAGCUAUCUUCAUGCGAUGUUAAUACAAAGAUGGCAAUCAUGGCCGAGGAUCAGUACGGUAUUUCUUUAUGCAUCGAAAC